AAUAAUAGUACAGCUGAAAUGCCUUGUAAUUGGUUAUUAGUCGGCGAAACCCAUUUAUGCAAAAUUCCAUUGAGAGGGCAAUAUUGCGCUUCCCAUGCAUUCAAAAUUCGAAAUGCCGUAAUAAUCCCAGAACCGUGUAAAGGGUGUGAUCGAGGGACUAAAUCGAGUGUCCAGCUUUAUGUCCCAUGCGGACAAGCGUCUACACAAUUAAUUUCUAUGCAUACGAUUUAUAUCUACGAAGUAAUUUCUGAACUUAUUUAA